UAUAAUAUCGUUUGGACAAGAUCGAUCUUCCCUUCAAGGCCUCGCCGUUUCUCAACCAGUCAAGCUUUCCCCUGUUAUAAUAAUUAAAACAAAGCCCUAAAAAGUGAAAUGCAUGAAAUUCGUUAUUUUGAUUUGAAUUUCUGAAACUUUUGGCGUCUGCUUCUCGUUCGAAUGAAUUUACCAGAGCUGUUGGAAUUUGGAUGGAGACACCAUUAUCUAGCUCAUAUGAGACUAGGUUCUCCACUUUUAAGUUGAUAUCAUCGAGACAACAAUAUGUGCAAGCUCUCUUGUGGAACAAAGGAGGUUAUCUCACCAAUUCUAUUUAGCAACUUCCACAUCAUUGGUCUGUAUGAGUCUGGUUGAUGGAGUUAAUUUGGAUGAAUGAUAAUGGCCCCAUGACUAAUGGGUUGCUGGAACUAAAUCACCAUAUCCGAGAUGAGCACAAGGAAAUAAGGGAUGGGGUUGUUGGUGAGGGGCAGGGGCUCUCAGAGGAAUAUGAAUCAAGAAUUAACGAGGAUGUGGAAGAUGUCAAUGAUAGGUGGGUGGAAGUGAUUCAGGCUCAAGCACAUCUGCAGGCUGUCCUGCAAAGGCCACAGCAACAGCCUCAGGUGUCUCUUGUCUGCUGGGAGAGGUUUCUGCCUCUCAGGUCACUUAAGGUUCUACUUGUGGAAAGUGAUGAUUCAACUCGCCGUGUUGUCUGUGCAUUACUUCGAAAUUGUGGCUAUGAAGUUGUGGCUGUAGAAAAUGGCCUAGAAGCUUGGAAAAUCUUGGAAGAUCUAACCAAUCAAAUUGACCUAAUCUUAACUGAGGUAGUCACGCCUAGCCUAUCAGGCAUUGGCCUUUUGCGCAAGAUUAUGAGCCACAAAACUUGCAAGAAUAUUCCAGUUAUUAUGAUGUCCUCUCAUCAUUCUGUGAGUGUAGUCUUUAAGUGUUUAUCCAAGGGUGCAGUUGACUUUUUAGUGAAGCCUAUUCGAAAGAAUGAGCUUCAAAACCUUUGGCAGCAUGCAUGGAGGAAAAGCCACAGAUCUAGUGGUAGUGGGAGUGAAAGUGGUGUAAUGACUCAAAAAUCAACCAAGUCAAAUAGUCUUGAAGAGUCGGAUAACAACUCUGGCAGCAACAAUGAAGAUGAUAUAGGAAGCAUCAGUUUAAAUAUUCGGGAUGGAAGCGAUAAUGGAAGUGGCACCCAGAGCUCAUGGACGAAGAGGGCAGUAGAAGUUGAAAGUCCCAAACCCACGUCACCAUGGGACCAAUUAGCUGAUCCCCCUGAGAGCACUUGUUCCCAGGUUCUUCUUUCAAGGCCCGAAGCACUUGGCGACAGCUGGGUGCCUACAACCACAACAAGAGAAUCUGAACAGCAGGAUGAUGAACUUGACCAUGUUGUGAUGGGCAAAGACCUGAAGCUUGGAGUACCCAGAAUACCAAAUUUGCAACUUGAGAACCCAACUGGAAAGGAACUGAACAACAUUGAAAGAAUUAACAAAGAGAAACUUUCUGAAAUGAAUUCUGAGAAGGAUGGUGAGCAACAAGAAAAAAUACAACUGGAGCUCAGUAGAAAGAAAGCCAAUGGUGAUUUGAGAAACCAAGCUGCUGAUCAAAUGGGUGUCAUCAAUAACAGUAUUGAUUCCACAAUUGGAGAUGUAGUUUUUGACAUCGCAAAAGGACCCUUUAAGGUCUCUGGGAUGAAAGAAAAGGCCAACUAUGAAAAUAACGAGAUACCUGGCCUAGAGCUUAGCUUGAAGAUGCACAGAGAAACAAAAGAUACUGAAACUGGUCUGCAUGAACGAAAUGUUUUAAGACAUUCAGAUGAGCACUCAGCCUUCUCAAGAUAUACUUCUGCUUCAACUGCUUAUCAAGUUCCUACAGGGAAUGCACACAGCAAUUCUCUAAUUGAUAACAGCUCAGAGGCAGCCAAAAGAGAAUCAAUCCAGAAUUUUAAGUCUAAUCCACAUGGCACACCUCUCAGUCAGCAGUCCAAUGGCAGUAGUAACAGUAAAAUUGUUUGCAGUGACAAGUCAACACUGAAAUCUACUGUCCAAUCCCUCCAUUCAUUGUCUCAAACAUUGCAGAAUGGCCAUAAAUCGCCUCAGCCUACAAUGCCAGGCAAGGCUGAUGCUGACAUGACUAUGACAAUUUUGGCUCAAGUGAGGGGAAUGAACCAGCAGGUCCAAGUGCAUUACCACCAUCACCUCCACCAUGUCCAUAAUAUGCUCCAACAGCAGCUAGCCAACCAAGAUGAUUUGUUGUUGAAAACCUUGGCAGCAGCACCAGCUCCUCAGUGUGGUUCCUCCAAUAAUUUGAGGGCACCCAUUGAAGGCAAUACUGGUAAUCACAGUUUGAAUGGGAGUACCUCAGGAAGUAACCAUGGAAGCAAUGGACAGAACAUAAGCAGCCUUGUUGUAAACAGCAGAGGAACGAAUGUUGAAAGUGAUAAUGGUGUAGCUGCAAAAAGUGGAGCUUCUAGUGACAUUGGAUAUGCGAGCAGGAGUGGAGUUGCGAAAAACCAAUUCUCACAAAGAGAGGCUGCUUUGAACAAAUUCCGCCAGAAGAGAAAAGAGAGAUGCUUUGAAAAGAAGGUGCGAUACCAUAGCAGGAAGAAACUGGCAGAGCAAAGACCGAGGGUUCGAGGACAAUUUGUGAAACAAGUGAUGCUUGAAAACAAAGACAAGGACCCAGAUAGCUAACCUUCCAUUCCCUGAUGACACGUGGAUUUUUUUAACAUGAGAUUGGUAGCAAUUGUGGAUAUGGGAGGACACAUUUUUUUGAUAGCGCAGCAUAUCAACUUAAUUGUCUGUGCAACGGCUCUAGAAAAGACGCCUUGAACUGCAUUUUAUUAUCGGUGAUUAUUACUACCAUCUGAACCACUACUAGCAUGUAGAAGCCUGCCUUUAGGGUAACUUUCUAAUAAAACUCUUAUAUUCGGUGUGCUACUGUUUUUCAAAACUUCUCAUCCAUCUCGAAUGGUGAUGCU